AGACCAAUCAACCAACCAAUAGCCCUACUGUGGGCUAUCUGUUGUGAAAAGCUUAAGUGGACCUCUCCGAGGAAGUUAACUGUCACACAUCCAGCGGAUGGCAUGAAGAUGCAAGAUGAGGAUUGCAGAACUGAAAGGUUUAGAUCACCUGUCAAAACGCCCCUACAAUGGAUUAUUUUAAUUGCAGUGCUUGCUGCUAUUUUGUAUGUUUUUACAUGGGAUGAAGCAACAGCUUCCCCUCCAAAACCAUUCGGUCAAAUAGUCCAUCCCAACAACACCAGCAAUGUGAAAGAGAAGGAUACCGUUCUCCUCAUCUGGUUCAUACCUUUCGGUAGAAAGACUCAACUGAAGUCCUGUGCCACUGAGUUCCGCAUCGAAGGCUGUUGUCUCACUGACGACAGAAAUGCUUACCUGGACGCGGACGGAGUGCUCCUUCACCACCGAGACAUCGCCAGAGACAUGUCUAACCUGCCCCGCCUCCCUCGCCCCGUCUUCCAGAAGUGGAUAUGGAUGCUGUUUGAAUCGCCUCACAAUUCCCAAAAGAUCCCAGGCCUGGACGAUCUAUUCAACGUCACCAUGUCCUACCGUGCGGAUGCUGACAUCUUGGUGCGCGAGCAGCUGAAUCCAAAGUCACAGGGGAGUGAGGACCUGGUUCCUUUAGAAGCCAAAUCUAAAAUGGUGUGUUGGGUUGUGAGCAAUUGGAAUGAGAAUUAUGCACGGGUGAAAUAUUACCGUGAACUGAAGAAUCACAUUGAAGUGGAGCUCUUUGGCAGUCAUGCUGGCCGUAGACUGAGCAGUGAGGAGUACAUAGCAAUGAUGAAAAGCUGUAAGUUUUAUCUGUCUUUUGAAAACACACUCCAAUGCUCUGAUCAUGUCGCUGUUGACUACAUGACAGAGAAAGUCUACAAUCCACUUCGUUUUGGCGUUGUGCCUGUGGUGUUGGGACCACCUCGAAGUUCAUAUGAAAAGUUCAUACCCAAAGAUGCUUUCAUUCAUGUAGAUGAUUUCAACACUCCCAAAGAGUUAGCCAAUUAUCUGCACAUGCUAAAUAAGGAUGAUGAGAAAUAUCUGCAGUUUUUUGGUUGGCGAAAACAUUUCAUAGUAACCAAAGUUGACUUUCCAUUAGAGCAUGCCUGUAGAGCGUGUCAGUAUAUACGUCAAAGAAAAGGCUUCCAAGUUUUUAAGAAUCUUAGCAAAUGGUACUGGGGAUGACAAUGAAUACUAUUGAUUGGUACUCAUCAUCAGAGAAAGAG